UUUAUAAGGAUUGGAUUCGUUUGGGAAAAUUUUGACGGAUUCUCAGGUUUCAAUAAUAUCUUUCCUUUUAGUAGGAAUUUGGGUUUCGAUGAUUUCAGUUUUUAUAGGGAUUUCAUGGGAUUGAGCCCUUAAAAGAGAUGCUUUUGUUAAUAUCCUUAUUAUGAGGAACUUUGCUGAUUCUCCCUUUAUAAUUCGCUGUCCAAAUAUUAGAAAAUAGAAAAUCGCUUGGACCGAUUUCUCCUCAUCUCUUCACUUUUCUAAAUAUAAAUUAGCUGUCCAAAUAGCAAUAUAUAGAAAUCCCUUUUUUCAAUCUUCUCUCUACCUCUUCUUCUUGGGUGGGGAGGGGUGGGUACUGGGAAAUUUCUCUCUUUUUCUCUUUCUCUCUUUCUCUCUCUCUCAGAAUGAUUUUCGAGAGAGGGCCAACGCAAUCGAACCUCGAAUGUUUUCUAGAAUGUACAACACCAAUUGUUCGAUCACAGUUUCUACCGAAGACCGCCAUGAAAAAUCUUAAUCGGCUUUGGCAUCCUUGGGAAAGAGAAACAGUUGAGUAUUUCACAUUGGAAGAUCUAUGGAGUUGUUUUGGUGAAUGGAGCGCUUAUGGGGCAGGAACUCCAAUUAUAUUGAACAAUGAAGAAACUGUUGUUCAAUAUUAUGUUCCUUAUCUCUCUGCAAUUCAGAUUUUCACAAGCAAUGCAACCUUAACCAGAUUCCGGGAAGAGUCUGAAGCAGGGGAUUGUGAGACUAGAUGUUCCUUCAGUGAUUCCUGUAGUGAUGAAAGUGAGAGUGAGAAGAUGUGGAGAUGGGAUGGUGGUUCCUCUGAAGAAUAUGGUUUUGAGAGAGAAACCCUUUGGCAUCUUAGUGAUCGGUUGGGUUACCUUUACUUUCAGUACUUUGAACGAUCUGCUCCUUAUGGAAGAGUUCCUCUCAUGGAUAAGAUCAAUGGAUUGGCUAGAAGAUAUCCUGGAUUAAUGACUUUGAGAAGUGUUGAUCUCUCCCCAGCUAGUUGGAUGGCAGUUGCUUGGUACCCAAUCUAUCACAUUCCCACAGGGAGAACCGUGAAGGAUCUGUCGGCAUGCUUUCUCACCUACCACACUCUUUCAUCAUCCUUCCAAGAUAUGGAACCAGAAGAAGAGAUUGGAAGCUCAAAAAGAAAGCGAAAGGAAAGGGAAGGUAUCGCUCUUCCUCCCUUCGGGCUCGCCACUUAUAAGAUGCAAGGCAACGUGUGGGUCUCAAGCAGUGAGGGUGACAGUGAGGGUGGAGGUGGAGGUGGAGGUGGAGGUGGUGGUGGUGGUGGUGGUGGUGGUCGGGACCAAGAGAGGUUGAUGUCAAUGUUGAGCGCUGCAGAUUCGUGGCUAAAGCAGCUAAGAGUUCAACACCAUGACUUUAGCUACUUCACAAGGAAUCGUCAUGGAUGAACCAAAAUUAAUGUAUCAAAUUUUAACACCACCAAGAAAGCUUUUCCCCUUUCUGGUUCAAAUUACUCCAACCCCAACUUUAACUUUACAAGGAAAUACAAAACAAAAAGAGAACUACUUUGCUGUUGAUUCUCAUCCUUUUUUGUGUUUUGUUUGGAGUUAUAUGAGAUCCACUUGGGACCCACUUCAGCUGUGAUUUGAUUGGAAGGUAUAUUCUGAUUGAGUGGUCUCUCUUUUUCUUUUUAAAUGUUUGGCCUUUGAGGGCAUAUGUUCCUACUUUUCUCUUUAGAUGAGAAUUGAUUUGAAUAGAGUUUGAGGUUGUGACUUUGAGAGAGAGAGAGAGAAAAGCAUAUGGAGCUCCUAAGAUGUUCUUUUUUUGAUGAAGUCUAUGGAAAAAGACAGAUGCCCUUCUUGAUUAAGAAGAAGAGAGGGAAUUUCAUUCCCUACAAGAAUAUGAAUGUCUUGCAUUUGUGAACCAAUUCAAAAUUUUUUUU